AUGGCGGACAACAUGUCCAAUUGUGCAGCAGAGGAAAAUGUUAAUAUCUCAUCGGACGACUUCCUAAACAACCUUGCAAAACUUCAGCUUGAUAAUAAAUCGAUCACUUUUGAAAAAGGGAAACUAAAGUGGAUGAGAAGCUUCGACUGUCUUAAAAAUUUCGUCGAAACAAGCUUACAGCUAAAAGGACAAUGGUCGUCGCCUGGCGGGCAUUUGAAAUUAUUCAAAGAAACGUCGGGAAGCGCUAUUAUCAGGUACUAUACCAACUCAGCUUCAAUCUUAAUACAAGGAGAUGAAGGUAAGAAACUUGAGAACAUAUUGCUAGAGAAAACAGCAAAAAAUCAGCGACUGAGUGAAGAUAGUGUCUUUGCGAAUAAAGAUGAGUCGAUCGAAGACGUUUCGACUAAUGACUUGAAUAGUACAAUAACACUUCAAAUUACGACAGAUUCUGACUUGAAUGAUAAUCAAGCAUUUAUAGAGAAUCUUUCUAGUGCUAGCGAAAGUUCUAUACUGGCAGAAGCACUUGCAAAAGGGACAAAUUUCGAGAGUAACACAGCUAUGACCGACAACUCUAGCCAGAUAAACGGGGACGAAGUAAAUGGCGUCCAAGUUAUAAAUACCAGUCCGGUUCACUCAUGUUCAUGUCAAAAAUUUGCUACUGAACUCGUGAGUCUCAAAUAUAAAAUGUCUAAUCUGCAGACGUCCAUAUUUUCUUUUGAAACUACAUUAAAAGACCAUGACACUAUAUUAUCUCUGUACAAUCGAUCUUCCGACUUAAAUGAGAAGUAUCUAAGAGAAAUAAGUAAGAGUAAACAACACAUAAUCAAUCUUGAACAAAAAUUAGUGAAACUUGAAGAAGAGAGAGACACAUUGCAAUUGGCAGCAAGGCUAAUUGCUCAAGAUAAAUAUUGCAGAAAUAGUGAUAGUAAUUCCUUAAGGUGGCAAAAUGUAUCCAAAAGUAAUACAACCGAUCGUGAUAUUACUAAUAAUUCAGGGUACAUAUGCCGAAUACUUCAGACAUCCAUGUGCGUAAUAGAUAUAUAUAUAUAUGAAUCGCUAAUUGAUGAAGGGGAUUACAACGGCUCUAAUGAACCGGGAAAUAAUCACGACACCUUUCAAAUUCACAAUACACAAACGCUACAUUCCAUGCGAAAUCAAUCUCAUUUGAAUAAUAUCUCCGAGCAAUCUCUAGAAGAGCAUAACAACGAACCUCGGCACCCACAAGAAGAUGACCAGCGUCAAAAUACCAAUAAACAACAAAGUGGGCAAGCCAAGUCAAGAAUGCAUAAGCAACAAAGUAGGCAAGACAACCCCUCCGUCGAAAGCGCUGAUCAUAACUCUAUUUAUUCGGGUGCCCAAAGCCUCGAACAGUGCGUGGUUUAA